UGUAAAUCUUGAAUGUGAAUCAAAAAGUGUCCUAAAAAAAAUAUAUACAAAAAAUAUAUUUCACCUUGAUUAAUGACAUGGAUUAAUAAAAUAGAUUCAAACUAUGGUCUAAUGAUCAUGAGUUAAAAAUUAACCCUAAUUAAGGUUUAGUUUCCUAGUUCAUCAUAAAAAAGGUGUGUUGGGUUAAGAACAAAAGAGGAAAAUGAAAGAGUAGAAAACUUGUGAUUUUAACAAGUAUUAUUUUGGGGGAAAAUAGAUUCUUGGCGGUGUUUUGACAUGUAGGUUAUUUUGUGCUGUGCAUGGUGAUGGUCUUCUCUGAUUCAAAUUUCACACACUCUCCAAUUUGAUAUUUAGACGAUAUAAAAUGGAAUACUUAUUGUCCAAGUAGGUCGUUUGAAGAAUAAAUGCACUUUCAGAGCUACGGGAAGAAGCGUCACGUUAAGAGCUGAGACAACUGGGAAAUAUGGAAUGCAACAAAGAUGAGGCGGCUAGGGCCAAAGAAAUAGCAGAGAGGAAAGUUUCUGAAGGGGAUUAUGCUGGUGCAAAAAAAUUUGCUCUCAAGGCUCUAAGUUUGUUUCCUGCACUGGAGGGUAUUUCCCAGCUUUUAACAACUCUUGAUGUUUAUAUCUCUUCCGAGAAAAAAAUAAAUGGAGAAGUGGAUUGGUAUGGUAUACUUGGAGUGGUUCCAUUUGCUAAUGAAGAGAUGGUUAGGAAGCAGUAUAGAAAGCUAGCUCUCACUCUUCACCCUGACAAAAACAAGUCUCCAGGUGCAGAAGGUGCAUUUAAGCUUGUUUCAGAGGCAUGGAGUUUUCUAUCGGAUAAGGUUAAAAGACUAGCAUAUAACCAGAACAGGAAAUCGAAAGGAUUUCAGCAUAAUGCUCCCAACCAUGUUGGGUCUCAAUCAAAAGCACCCAGUUCAAAUGGCUCUUAUAAUCUUAACAAGAAUGCAACUUCAAGCGUGAGAGCUGGAAAUAGUGAUGCUCGGGCACAUCCGACCUCCAUUCCUACUGGAAAUAGUGAUGCUCGGUCACGUCCAACCUCCAUUCCUCCUGGAAAUAGUGAUGCUCGGGCACAACCAACCUCCAUUCCUCCUGGAAAUAGUGAUGCUCGAGCACAUCCAACCUCCAUUCCUCCUCCUCAUACAAAGGCUGGUACCUUUUGGACUCUCUGCAAUAGCUGCAGGACAUAUUAUGAGUAUCUCAGGACUUAUUUGAAUCAAACCCUUUUAUGUCCAAAUUGCAAUGAUGCUUUUGCGGCUGUGGAGACAGGCCCACCUCCCAAUGUUUCUAAGUCAUCUAAUUUGUCUUCUAGGCAACAUCCUCAGAAGUCUUCUCGGGAACAUCCCAAUGUUGGAAGGAAGCAGCCAGUGAAUCCAGGAAAAACUGGUGCAGUUUCUCAAAAUUUACAAUCCAGCAGUUCUACAGGCACAUCUUUUAAUAACACAAACUUCCAGUGGGGCCCCUUCUCUAGAAUGGCUGGUUUUGUUAGAAGAGAUGGAUCAUCAUCUGUUGCUGCGGCAAAUGUUAAGCAGCAGUCAAGUGAGACAAGAAGAGGUGAGGGAGCCCCGUCAAUUGCCGCCCAGGAGAGGAGUCAUUUGCAUAAGAGGCCUGAUGGUCCUUUUAGCAAUGUCGAAAAUCCUAAGGAAAAUCCCAUGAAGAAAACAAGGACAGACGAUAUUUAUGUGUCUAAUGCAAAUCAUACGACCAUGAGAAAUGGAUCAAACAGUUUUGGCCAUUUUUAUGAAUCAGGAAAAGCUAACAUGGGAACAGAAAGGACUCAUGGUUUUUCAGGUAUUGGUAUCAAGCGAUACAGCAUGAAAGAGUUGUCGUCCUUUGAAUUACGUAAUAUGUUGAUUGGUAAGGCACAUACUGAAAUUCACAAGAAACUUCAAGAAUGGAGAACGAUGGCUGAAGCUAAGAUUACAAUCAAGGACAAAGGAAGCAGGACACAGAAAAGUGCAUUCAAUGGCAAAACAACUGGUUCAGAGAAGCAUGGAGGUUCCACUAUUAAUGGCAACAGGCAUGUGGACACUGAUUCUAUCCCAGUCGCGGGUGAUGAUACUGUAAAGGAGAAGUCGGCCUAUGUAACAAUGAACGUUCCAGAUCCUGAUUUUCACAAUUUUGACUUGGAUAGAACUGAAAAUUCCUUUGCAGAGGACCAGGUCUGGGCUGCUUACGAUAAUGAUGAUGGAAUGCCCCGCUAUUAUGCUAGAAUUCACAAGGUGGUUUCAACAAAGCCAUUUAGAAUGCGGAUCAGUUGGCUUAACUCUCGAAGCAACAGUGAAUUGGGCCCAAUAGAUUGGGUAGGUUCUGGUUUUUACAAAACCUGUGGGGAUUUCAGGACUGGCAGGCAUGAAAUAACUGAAUCAUUAAAUUCCUUUUCACAUAAGGUAAGGUGGACAAAAGGCGCCAGAGGAGUUGUUCACAUCUUUCCUGGGAAGGGAGAAGUCUGGGCUCUCUAUAGAAACUGGGCUCCUGAUUGGGAUGAAAAUACUCCAGAUGAAGUUAUACACAAGUAUGAUAUGGUGGAAGUGCUUGAAGAUUUCAAUGAAGAGGAAGGUGUAUUGGUCACACCACUUGUUAAGGUUGAUGGUUUUAAGACGGUGUUUCACAGACACAGUCAUGAUCAGGCAAGAAAGAUUCCUAAGGUCGAGAUGUUUCGAUUCUCUCAUCAGGUUCCUAAUUACUUCCUUACGGGGCAAGAAGCUCAUAAUGCUCCAAAGGACUGUCGAGAGUUGGAUCCAGCAGCUACUCCUUUAGACUUAAUUCAGACAGCAGCUGAAGCUAACGAGGCGUCGGAUAAUGUUGGAAAAACAAAGGGAGACACUUUCCCAGGAUCACCUGAAAAAGAAGCUGCAGGUAAGGGGGAGAAUGCUUCAAAGCCUAGUAGAGCAGACAUGUUAGACGAGGAUGGUAAAACAGGUAAAACAUCAUAGAUGACCCUGCACAGUAUAGAAAGGUAAAGUGACGGAUUAUGCAAACAGGCUUAAGAAAUUAAAUUCAAGAUUGGUGAAAAUAUACAUUCAUAGGUUAUUUUUCAUUUUGCAAGCCUGACCCCGACAAUUUUAUAGAGCUUUUUGGUGUCAUGAUUGGAUGGUAGGGAUUCACAGCAUUUGGGUUUUGCUGUGUAAUUUUGAGACCGGUUAUUCAUAUAGUUAUCGGUAUACUCCACAAGUUUUCAUAUUCGACAGGCUAUAUGAUUAGACUUGCAAUUUUGAAAUCUGGGUUUUACUCGUCUUUUGCUUUUGCUUUGCGUAUCCGGUUGAUGGGCAUGCCUAUUCUCUAUUGUCAUGUUUGAAGUUUUACUUAGACGCAGGCUAGCAAUGAAUUGAAGAGUAGACGUACAGAAUUGAGAGUGAACACCAAAUGUGAGCAGUAUG